AAUUUUCCAUAUGAUCUAAUAAUCAAACCAAUGCAAGAAUCCUAAACACCAUCAAUCAAUUCACAAAAACGAUGUUAAAUUUCCACAUAAAUCAAGUAAGACGGAGCGCUAUAUUUCUCGGAAUUUGUAACCUACUUUUAAUAAUAAUCAGCCUCAUUUUAAUCAUCGCAGCUUAUCCCGACUGUGUAUUUCCAGAUGUUUUUCCAUUCAUUAUAAUAUUAAUUAUUUCAUGUUUAAGAUUGGCUUCAAUGAUUCCAAUUGCAUUCGCACAAAGAGCCACGGCUUUAACCAUUAUUAAUUCCCCUACUGAAGCACGUGCUGUUGGAACCUUAAUUCGACGUCAUCAAAGGAUUAGGUACCAGAAAUGGAUACUGUGGACCCGAAUUGCACUUGUAAUUACAGUGCUGCAGUUUCUGGGAGCAAGUUACCUUCUAAUCAAUGUUUCAAAUUUCUUUUUCAAGGAUCGAGCUCCUAAUGACUGUAUAAUAGAGCUUCUUACAAUUAACAGCGCAUGGCUGCAUAGUAUGGUCGUGGUAUAUAUUAUCAUGGCGUGUUUUGUCACACUGGUACAAUGUUUUAGUGGAUCAGAUGUGUUAAGAUGGAGGUCAUUCUACACAAAUGAAAACAAAGCAUGGAAACACCAUUACCGAGAGGUAUUUGAUCAUGGCAUUCGUGAGGCAUUGUGCUGUCUGGGACGUGUCAGAUACUUGUCUGUAAUGGAUGAAGAUGAAGUUUUCUCAGUGGCACAGUUACUGGGUGACCUUGUUUCUUAUCGUGCAUCUGGAAAAGGACAUCUUGAACUCUUGGCAGGCCUUGCUUUGUUGCGAAGAGAGCGUUCAAUGUCUAAAUUUGAAGAGGAAAUCGUGGAGGCACCUAAAGAACUGAUUCAAGGAGCUGUUGAUUUUCAUUUAUUUGCCGAGGCUGCCUAUACGGGUCCUUUGCUUGAUGUUGGAAGGAAUCCUAUAAUCUUUCUUUGUGCAUGGUUAUAUAGACAAGGGGUUUUGGCCCCUUGGACUCGGCGCAGCCUUCCAAAACUCAAAGGUGACAAUUGGUGGCGAGGUCAUGCAAGGGCUUUUUUGAGAUAUAUUAAUUUGCCUGCUGAUUCACUUCGACAAGGCCGUGUCUGUCAGGCAAGGUGUGAAGCAGCAUAUUUUGUUGUGGUUCUCCAUCUCCUAAAAUCUGUAGUGAUUUGUGUGAGGGGAACUGAAACUCCUGAAGAUCUCCUCACUGAUGGUCUAAGCAGGGAAUGCAUGCUUGAUGCAGAAGAUUUAGAGGGUUUGAUAUAUGAUAAUCUUAUUCCGCCAGGUUCAUCACAUUAUGGGCAUGCUGGUAUAGUGGAGGCUGCACGGGAUCUGUAUGAGCAAAUUGAUGGAAAUCCCGAAAAGAAAGAAUUUCAGGAAGGUGGAUUGCUUGCUUCAUUGCUGGGAGCUGGAUGUGAAUGUGAAGGGUACAACCUUUGUGUUGUGGGACAUUCCCUUGGUGGAGCUAUAGCUGCAAUGCUAGGUUUGAAGUUAUAUGGACGAUAUUCUCGGUUACAUGUAUACAGUUAUGGACCACUUCCAUGUGUGGAUUUAGUCUUAGCUAAUGCAUGUUCGGGGUUUGUAACAAGCCUUGUGUAUGAUAAUGAAUUCUCAUCACGCCUUUCGGUUGCUUCAAUCAUGAGGUUACAAACAGAUGCCAUGCUGGCACUAUCAAAUGAUGCAGAUGCUGAUUCGGCCAUAAUUCAAAAACUUGCACGUCGAUUUCUUUCAGUAAGCACCUAUCUGUGGAGCAAAGAGGAAGAGUCUCCAGCUUCUGCGUCGAGCUCAUCGCCAUUCAUUAGAGAAAACAUGCACUAUAAUCACAGUGAACGUAUGCAUGAGAGUGUUCGGGAACCACUGAAAGAUUUCAACCUUUGGUAUGAUAUGGAGAUGGGCGAUAGUUCAAACGCCGACCAUGAUGGAAAUGAUCCAUUGAACAGAUUGUCUAAUCCUUAUUACCAGUCUUCCGAUGACGGAGACUCACGUGAUAAUCUCUUAUUACAGUUUAUGGAAGCCAUGCCAUCACGAAAAGAAGAGUCAUCUGAGAACUUCAGAGAACUGUUUCUGCCAGGCACAGUCAUUCAUAUAGUCCCUAAGAAGAAAAGCGAUGACAUACCUCUAUACAAACGAUGGGCUACUCCAGAUGCACAAUGUGAAUAUGUAGCUUAUGUGGCAAAUAGAGAAGCCUUUAUGGAUAUGGUUGUAUCCCCUAGUAUGUUCAUUGACCACCUACCAUGGAGAUGUUCUUAUGCCCUGAAGAAAAUACUGGAAAGGCGCAAUCUACAACACAACUUGGAUAAUGAGAGUUUGAGACUCUAAAUCCUUAUUAACCAACCUCUGGGCUCAACAAGGGGUCAACUGACCUGCAUGUGAUACCCACUAGAGAUCCGUACUUUCUUCAGCUAAAAGCUUGAAUCGAAUCAUUUGCUAUAGUGCUGGAAUGUGAAUAUAGAACAAGCUCUCAACAUACCUAACUUGAUGACUGCCUAUCAACACUUAUGAUGCUAAUAAUUUAGAUGCAGUUUUGUGUAUAAAGCAGUUAGUUUGCAUAAAAGUUGAAGGAUUUCAAUUCUAACAUUAGUUGGUUUGAUAACUGACCAAAGUAUUAAAGAACAGAUGUGACUUACAUAAUAGUACGGAGUAUCUAUUUUGACAAGUGUAGGAGUUUGUAUGUCUUUUUGAAUUAUGUCAUCUAUGACUUAAAAUUUUGUAUUCAAUGAGCCA